AUGAGCGAUGGAGGAGGUGGAGAGAGUUCAAGAAUUAAUAAUUCUACAUUGAAGAAGAGGACGAAGAAAGACGAAUUUACAGAGUCACUCGCACGAAUUGCAGUGGCCCAAAUAUGUGAGAGUGUAGGGUUUCGCGGGUUUCAACAGUCCGCACUUGAUACAUUAUCUGACAUAACCUGCAAAUAUAUUCAGGACAUUGGCAAGACGUCCAAUUUCUAUGCCAAUUUGGCAGGUAGAACGGAAAGUAACAUGUUUGAUAUAGUUCAUGGGCUAGAAGAUUUGGGGCUUUCACAGGGAUUUACAGGUGCUUCCGACAUUGAUCAUUGUUUUUCAGAAUCCGGGAUUAUAAAAGAGAUUUCUCAGUAUAUUGGUGUCUCUGAAGAAGUAGGAUUCGCCUAUUCUAUUCCCCCUUUUCCUGUAGUUAAAGAACGGCAUCCAAUACCAAGUUUCUUUCAUGCUGGAAAGACACCCCCAGUGGAUCAUAUCCCCCCUUGGUUACCCUGUUUCCCUGAUCCCAGUACGUAUACUACCUUGGCUUCAGAUAGUACUGAACAAACUGAAACAAGACAUGAUAGAGUUGACCAAGAUCAGAAGGUCAUGGGGCCGCCAUUGCUGAAUAAUCCUUUUCUUGCAUUUCCACUAGAGUAUGGAGAGAAGGAGGUUUCUUUGGUUUCUCUUCCUGCUAGACUUGUGGAAGAAGAAGUGGCCAGAAAUCAUAGUUUAUGGGCAAAACAUUUGUCUGAAUUGGGGACAUUUGCUCCUGUGAUUCAUGGGUUUAACAGCAGAGAUGCUGAUAAUGAGGAAAGUAGGAAAGAUAUUGUUGUAGAAAGAAGUCGUUCGGUGCAAUUAAAGUUUCAAAUCAGCAAGACAUGCUCAGGAAAUUUGGAAGCCAUGUCUUGGUUUACUACAGAUGAUGAGUUGAGGGAUGGCAAGAAAAGAAGAAAAGAGAAAAUUCUGAUGGAGUUGUUAGAAAAUGGAAAGCAUACUGAAAUGAUGCAGAUGUAA